AUGUCUGGUCAAUAUAGCCACAAUGGGUAUCUACAGCCAGGCAAUGGAGCUGGAGGUGUCUAUGGCCAAUAUGACGACAACAGACGUGGGUCGUCAUCGCAGUUGAGCUCUCACUCGCAGAGUAGCACUGGAGGUCGACAGCGCAAAGGACUUGUCAGUGGCCUCGUGAGGGGUGUGGCUGCCGGCAUUGGUCUUGCCUCUGAAAGUUACCAUAAUCAUCAAGAGAAGAAAAAGGCAAAAGCAUCAGCGGCCGCUGCCACUGGGGAAAGUUCAACAGCAGGGGAAAGCUCUAGGGCAUUUCACAACGAAGCGCAUCCAGAAGACUCGUCAAGGGGAUUCCCAGAUGAGAAGCGUCACAGUUCGCAUGAGCACGAUGACGAUGACUCUUCUGAUAGUGAAGAGAAUUCCGGCCCAAUUCAUGUUGAUCAGAAGACGUCACGAGAUUUAGAAGAGGCACAAUGGGAACUUGAUGCUGCGCAGCGACAACUGGAACCGCCACCUGAUUAUGCUACUGUCAUGGAACAAGACCUUGACGUCCAAGCCAUGGCAGACGGGUUCGUUCGGAGUCAUACGUUGCCACCAAACCAACAGAUUCAGCAACACGGAUUGCCUAUGCCUGUGAUCCUCCCACAACGGCGACCAGGAGAGCGGGCCCGCGGCUUUAUCCACGCGUACGCACCUCUGCUCCAAAACGUGGGAAUCGACCAGGCAACUUUUAUCGACUUUAUCAAGCAGCUGAAUAUGGCGACAGCGCCAUCGCCAUGGAUCAAUGCUAUCAAUGUGGCAGCUAUUGCUGUGCAGGGUGUUCCUGAGCCCAUCACCAUUGCCGUUUCUAUUGCUGCCCAGGUCACCACUCAAGUUAGUCUUCAAGCGCAUAGCCGGUCUAAAACCAAUACCUUUUUAAACAAAAUGAAUGCCGAAUUCUUUCGACCACUUGGGCUUAUAGCCCUUGUCAUGACCUGGAAACCAAGCCGGGUUGGUGAGGUCGUCACGCAAAUGACGUUUGAUGCAGCACUGGAGCAAGCUACGCAGAACGCUUCAGGUCCUCGACCUGGAAUGGGCGGCGGUAUUAGCAACAAGAUGCAGGCUUCACACGGGACAACAAACUUUGAGUGGCCUGAGUCGGCGCCGCUGGUGUUUCCAACUCUGGACAAGCUGUCCGACUCUGCUGAAGGCAGGCAGGUGGUUGAAGAGGCUGAGAAGAAACAGCCAAACGGUAUGAAGCGUAGCAUGAUAUUCGCAAUGGAGUAUAUGGAUAAGAGAUCCCAGGCUCAGUGGGCCAAUAUGCAUCCGGAGAGCCGUCUCGCUCAAUUGAACGUCAAGCCUGAGUUCCAUUCACGUUACGCGGAUCCGAACCAUCCAGCUAGCAGCGGCAGUCUCUUAGCUUUACUAACAGGCGGCGCUAUCGGUGGCGGAGUCAGCGACCGAAAGCAGGCCAGACGCGAUCGGAAAGCCGCAAGACGUGACCGUAGGUCACAGAGAAGAGAGGAGCGCGGACCGACAAUCUUAAACACCGUCGGACCAGGAGCUCUGAUCCGGGGCAUCAGGAAAAUUAUGCAUGAGGUUCGUCCAACUUCUUACCUACCAUCAGUUCCGUUCAUAAUAUGA